GGGUCAGAGAGUCUCUGCUUCCCAUUGGUUGGGCGCCGUGUCCGUCGCGCAGCGCGGCGCGGCCAUUGGGCGGCGGCGCGGCCGUCCCGCGGCGGCGGCGGCGGCGCGCGGGGGAAGAUGUCGGGCGGCGACGCGAAGAAGCUGGUGCGCUCGCCCAGCGGGCUGCGCAUGGUGCCCGAGCACCGCGCCGCCCGCAGCCCCUUCGGCCUGGACGAGCCGCCCUGGGUGCCCGACAAGGAGUGCCCAAGAUGUAUGCAGUGUGAUACAAAAUUUGACUUCAUAACUAGAAAGCAUCACUGCCGAAGGUGUGGGAAGUGUUUCUGUGACAAGUGCUGCAGUAAAAAAGUGCCUCUGCCUCGCAUGUGCUUCGUGGACCCGGUGCGGCAGUGCGCGGAGUGCGCCCUGGUGUCGCAGAAGGAGACCGAGUUCUACGACAAACAGCUCAAAGUGCUCAUGAAUGGUGCUACAUUCUUUGUAACUCUGGGAGCAUCUGAUAAAUCUGAGCUCAUGGUUUGUCGACUUUCCAACAACCAGAGAUACCUGGUUUUGGAUGGAGACAGCCAUUAUGAAAUUGAAAUUAUACAGAUUUCAACUGUUCAGAUACUUACAGAGGGAUUUACUCCUGGAGAAAAAGAUAUUCACACUUACACCAGCCUUCUGGAGAGCCAGCCUGUUACUGAAGGAGGCAACACUCGUGCCAUAGGAAUGAUCCUGCAGUACAAGGUACCGGGGUCAGAGGAGGUGACACAGAUGAAGUUUACUGCUGGUGAAGACUUCAGCUGUAACAAGAAGCUGUCAGCAGCCUGGCUGGCAGCUAUGCAUAAGGCAACAAAACUUCUCUAUGAGUCUCGGGACCAGUGAGAACUGCAGCUGUGGCCUCCUGAGGGCACACACAGACACCAGCCUCCACAGACCAGCCUCUCACUUUGUGCUGAUUUGACAGCUGGAAAUAUUUGCUGUUCUUGACUCUCUCUCUCAUUCCAGCGUGGUUCAUUAUGUAAGAACUGGCAAAUGCAAGGCGAGUAUUUUUUUGAACCAUGAGUAUUCACGGUAGUGUGCAAUAUGUAUACAGUUAAUGCUUUAAACAGCCUCACCUUUUAAGACUUUGUAUAUUUUGUUAAGCCUUUACUGGCACUUAAUAUGAAAGUGACCUGCACUACAGUUAAUGUACAGCACAACUUUUAUAGUAACCAUUAUAUAUACUGUUUGCUACAGGAAGCAAACAAAUGUAUAUGUCUCUUCUGCAGAGAAUAGCUUUUGGGUAUAGAUCUCAGGUUUUUCCCUCUAUCCAAAUGUUUAAAAUCAAUGUACAAAAAAUCUGCCUUAGAUAUGAUUUUAUAGAGAGCAUGUGGGUUUUUUUAAACAUUUAAGUAUCUAAAUUUUUCACCAAAUACCACCAAAUUUGACUUACAUGAACUUGACCUUGAAACUUCACUUCUGUAAUAAGCUUCCAGAAUAAUUUUUAGUUUUGUAUUUUCUUUUUUGGUAACGAGCUUUUGUUAAUCUAACUGUAAUGCUAUCUGAAAUUGUAUACAAUUUAAUGUACAAAUAUGAAUAAAUUAAUUCACUUAUUUAAAAAA